AAAAUUUCUUGCACAAUUUUGGGCACACAAAUAAAAUUUCCCUAGUAAGCAGGAAGUUUCAACAUUCUAAAUUGAAAAAUAUGCCGACUUCCUGAAGCGCCAUAGGCGAAUUUUCCUUUUCUAGCGCAUUCAUUGACCAUGCCGUUUAUCGCAAUGGCGGUAUAGAUAUCCCACAAAGAAGAAAGUGGAUCUUCUGUAAAGAUGAUUACCAUUUGAGUGGGCAAGGUCUAGUUGUACUUUAAUAGACUACAGAAUUCAGUUUCUUCCAUAUUGAUCAGUGUAUUAGCCAAUAUACUAUAAUCUUACUUAUAAAAAGCAACAAAAGCUACAUACCAAUAAUAAUUAUUACUCGAAGAAUUUACCGCCUUAGAAGAAUAGGACAUCGAAAAAUUCGCGGCAAUCGUUCCCGACAUCUUAGGUUGUACUUUGUAUUUUAUUAUCUGAAUGGACAAUAAGGUGGAUGUUUCUGAAGUAGAAAAUAUUUCAAUGAUCGGAUCGUCUGAAAUUUUUUAUCUGCCUGAGGUCGCAGAGAUAUCACGGGUGUUAGAUUCUACUGGCCUUAGUCCAUUAACAUCUUCUUUAGAUCAUACUCUUACUCUUCAAGACGAUAAAUUAUUGUCAUCUGAAGUUAACAUGGGCAUAGAAGACACAUGGACUGAAGCAAAUAGUUCUACGUCUGACUAUGCCAUUCCACUUCCACCACCACCUGGUUUAAAUGAUUUUACAGAUGUUGGUGCUGAUCCCAUCAGUGAUAGUGGGACUGGUAUAGAGCAUGGCCCAUUUUUACCUCCUGGUACUCCAGCCCUAAAUAAUUUGUUUUCAGAAGGUGGAGAUUCUCAAGAUGAUUCUCCAAUGGAAGACGUAGUUUUACGUGCUGGAGUAUGUGGACUUCGUAAUCUUGGUAACACUUGUUUUAUGGCUGCUGGUUUGCAAUGUUUAACUGCAACCCCACCUGUCCUGCGACAUUUUUUAGACCUGCAGCAAAAAGGAGAAAAACUGCCUCCUCCUGGAUCACUGAUGGCACAUUUUAGUGUACUACUUGGCAAAAUGUGGUCUGGCAGAUACAGCGUACUCAGGCCUACUGAGUUCAAACAAACUUUAGGGGCAUAUCACUCGCAAUUCAAAGAUUAUAGACAGCAUGAUUGUCAAGAAUUUCUCGCGCUUUUAUUGGAUUCUUUACAUGAACAAAUGAAUACAGCAAAGUAUACAAAAAACUGUCAGACUCCAUCAUCUACAACCACUGCCAAUUCAAUUAACUCAAUCGAAAAUUCAAAUGGAAAAACUGUGUCCUCAGUUACUGCCAAUAGUAAUUCCAACUGUAAUACAGAUUUGUUAGAAAUGUAUGACUGUUUACCAUCACCGGAAUGUCCAAAUAGUCCAAAUGUCACAAUGGCGGGUUCACCAAGAGAUUUAGGUUCACCGAUAGGUGAAAUAGAUAGUAUUAUGAAUUCGCCACGAGGAUCACCAUUGAACGAUGGUGACGAGGAUGAAGAAACACUUGAUUCUGAUGAAGUCAUUGAAGAGAAAACGAAUACUUUUAUUCAUAAUAAAGUUGAUGAUAAGGGAAGCGAAGUUUCGCCUUCUUUAAGGCUAGAUACUUUAAUCGAGUUAUCAAAAAAUGUUCCAAAGUAUCAUGGUCUCUAUGAUAUUCAUAAAGAAGCAAAAACUAGUAAUGCAAACUUCUUAGUGACACAGCAAGAAUGUAACAAUGAGAUUCAUUAUGAUUCCCAAAAAUUUCCGAAAGAAAAUGUCCGCAGAAUGCCUUUGGACAAUUCGAAUCUGAUGGAGAAUCAUGAUUUUGACAAUAAAAGUAUUAGUGUCAAAAGAAUAAAAGAGGUCAACGUUCAAAAGGUCAGUUGCGGUAUAGAUUAUGCAUCGAGUGGUUCUGACAUAGAGUACGACAACGGUUUAGAGAAAUGCAAUGUAAAACGUAUGAGGCUUGAUGACCAAGAAAAGAAUCAUAAACGCGAUGGCCAAGGAAGUAUUACUUCUCAGUGCACAAGGAUUUCACAGAAUUAUGGAAAUGGCGCUAUAGCGGCACAAGAUGAAAUUGAGGCAGAUAAACAUUGGGCAAAGCAUUUAAGGUCUAAUAGGAGUAUUAUUGUCGAUACUUUUCAGGGACAAUUUAAAAGCAAGGUUGUUUGUGCGGUCUGUAAGCACGUUUCAGUCACAUAUGAGCCUUUUAUGUAUUUAUCAGUGCCGUUACCUCAUGCAAUGGAGAGGCAAUUAAACGUUACUUAUGUUCCUGCGAAUGGCGACCAACCAAUAAGGUGCGUUGUUUCAUUAAACAAACAAUCGCGCAUUGGGAAAUUAAAAGAAGAAUUAUUAAAAAUACUUGGCAAAGAAAACAUUGCAAUAGCAAACAUUGCACUUGCUGAAGUUUUAGAAAAUCAUAUAUCAAAGAUUUUGGAUGACAAUACACUCUUGAGACACAUCAAUGAUACGAAUCGAUCUAUAUACGCCUUUGAACUGACGGAACCUCCUGACGCAUACACUUCAGUGCCAGACGGUGGUGGAGAUCGCGUAAUGGAAACUGAUAACUCUCAAAAAUGUACAACUACAGGAGAAGAAAUCCCAUGUAUGAUUUGUCUUGAGGAGUUGGAUGGAGAUUUAAAGAGACACAGUGGGAACAGUUGCAACUUUGUUAUGUGUGAUACUUGUAUCGAGAACUACUUCAAGAAUAAAACGGAACCUCAAAUGUGUCCAGGGUGUUCAACGUACAUGACUGCAUCGUCCUUCGUUAAAAUAGAUCAAACAGGUCGACCUGCAAUUAGGAUUUUAAAUGUUCCAUUGGUAUUACGACACGAUACCACUAACGAAACGACGAAUAAUCGUAAAGGAACAAAACUUUUUGGUUUUCCGCAUUUAGUAAAAUUACCUUCGAGAGUAAACGCUACGGAUUUAUACGAUAUUGUAAAAAGAAAUGUACCGCAAGAAGGAAAUUAUACGCUUCAUUUUGUUACGGGGCAGGGCCACCAUUGUUCUCGUUGUAUAUAUACUGCACAUUGUACGGGUUGUAACGUACCCGAAUCGGGCAUGGUGAUCUUGCAUAACGGUGAUACUUUAGCUGUGCGUUACACGGAACACGUUCCUAAGAUCGCGCCUCCAAUUGAUCACAUCAGCGUCAGUAAACAGAGACCUCAUCAUCCUCUGUCUUUGUACGACUGUCUUCAGGCAUUUAGUCAAAGCGAAACGUUAGAUGAACAUAAUCCUUGGUUUUGUCCAAAGUGCGAACGAAAUCAGUGUGCUACAAAAACACUCACGGUUCAUAGAUAUCCCAAGUUCCUUAUAGUAUAUUUGAAACGAUUUGUGUUUUAUGAGUGUGCAAGCAUGAAAUUAGACGAUAAAGUAACAUUCCCUUUGGUUGGUCUGAGCGUGGGUCAGCACUUGUACGAUUUGUAUGCGUGCGUUUGUCAUUUUGGAGGAGUAUCAGCUGGACACUACACGGCGUACGCGAAAAAUCCUCGCACCGACGUGUGGUAUUACUACAAUGAUGAAAUUACAAGCAGACAAAAACCUCAGGACGAAGAUUUUAGCAACGCUUAUAUACUUUUUUACAGUCGGCAAGGGACCAAUUUAAAACCGUGUAAUAUAUAACCAGUACUGAAACAAAGAAGCUGGCGAACAGGUGAUAGUGACCCAGAAAGAUCGAGAAAGGGAAUAAGGUGUGGGGAGUUAAUGAAGAGAUUUUCACAGUGUUGUGUUUGUAUGUUCGAACUGCGUCAAACUGAAUGGGGAACUGCUCACAAAUCUCAUCUAUUUUUCUUAAUGAUCCGCUCAUGGUCUAUCUCAGCGUCCCUCUUUCUUCCUUAUAUUUUUUGAAUCCUUUCUAUUUUUUGAAUUUCUAAUAAACGUUCUGUAGACGAUGCAGCGUGCGUGGUACGCGCGUGUAAAUGAGGAAUGUGCGGAAAUCCCAUGUUUCGAGUUCGAGUCAAAACGGGUCGAGUCGAGCAAAGUUGAACGAAUUCGGAUGAAUAUUGAGGGCAUAUAAAUCCUUGAGUACAUUGAUUUUCGUUCGGGUGAAAUCAGGUUGGCUCAAGCAAAUUCUCGCAAUUCUGAAUUUGAUUAAUAAAACAACGAUAUUGAUUCCUUAAUUUUUACAUACGAUGUUUACAAAUAUAUAAAUUUUUAUGUUUGAAAAUUGCAAACUUUAUAAAUCGUUUACUCGAUCUGAUAGCUCGAGUCCACAACAUAUUGGAUUAUCCGUACAGUCCUAAAUUCGUUGACUGUCAAAUAUUAUUACAAGUAAGCCAUGCGUUAAAUGGUUUUGUAAGGGAGAUAUUCUUCCGUAAAUUACACGACGUUCAAUGUGAAAACAACAGCUGUGUGUGGUACAGUUAAUAAUCUGGAAAGCGUUUAAAUGUAUUUAUACCAGAUAGUACGUAAACGUACGUCAAGUUUGUACAGUAGGUGAUUAAACGUAGAUUUCAAGAUUUUGAACAGACGUAAUUUAUUAGCGGAUAAAAUCGAACGUUAUGACUAGAAGACACUUAAGAAUAUGAUCGUUAACGAUGAAGUGUAACUAUAUUUACUGUAACAUCAGUUUGUUUUUACCCCGAACGGAUACAAGACUGCUAAAGAUGUUUGUAAUCUGCAUGUACACUGUAGCAAAAGGAAAAACGUUGUAUUUGCAGAUUAUUUAUUAAAUUAGUUUUGUUGUAAUUUUAUUACAAGAUAUUCGUUUUACUUGUUAAAUACGUUCGUAUUCACACGCAUACACACGAACACACGCAUGCAUUAUAGUACAUGAUCAUCAAUACCCGUUGCCUGAGUGCUAUUUAUGGCCUGAUAACUAUAUUAUGUAUCUUUGUCGUACCAACUAUUGUAAAAAUUGUUGUUGUAAAACAAACUGUUUCAAUGUUUCCGUUAAGACGAUUAAUUAGCAAAAAGAAAAGUAACUGUACUGUA